AUGUCCCAGCUCCUCUACAAGUACUUUCUUCGCAAGACCGGCCUCGACCAUGUUGUAGCCGUGGGCCCUGAAGAGGACCCAUACUUCGAGCCCAUUCCAGACGAAGACUUGCACUUUUACCAACGCAAAGGCGCCAAACGCAAAAGAGCGCUUCCUGACUUCAUCCCCAAGCACGACCUCAAGAUCUUGAAGUCGGUCAAGCGAAAAGCGUACCGGUUGGACUUGCAACUCAGCCUCUGUGGGCUUCGUAUUGGGUGGGCUGGAGUGAUCGGGUUGCUUCCGUGGAUUGGCGACAUUAUCGCCAUGCUUUUUGCUUUGCAGCUUGUGAAGAAAGCUGGGCAAGUGGAAGGUGGUCUUCCUCCUGCGUUGCGCCAGAAGAUGAUGGUCAAUGUUGCCUGUGACUUUGGCAUUGGGCUCAUUCCCUUAGUAGGCGACUUCAUCAACGUCUUGUACAAGUGCAACUCACGAAACUUUGUGUUGCUAGAAAAGUACCUUGUGGAGAAAUACGAGAAAGAACGACCUGACACCCAUGUUUCUCUUCAAAAGGCACAAGAAACGGUGUAG